AUGGCAGGAGGGAUCUUCACACAUUUGGAUAACCUCUGCAAUGUGGAUUGUACGAAUGUCCACCCUCUAGUGUGUCACCUGUGCCAUGAACAGUAUCAGUCCCCGUGUCUGUUGGAUUGCUACCACAUCUUCUGUGCUCGCUGCCUACGAGGCCGGAACAGUGACAGCCGCCUUGUCUGCCCCCUCUGCGGAUACACAUCCAUAGUGAAAGGGAGUAACGCUCUCCCACCUGAAGACCGCCUGCUCAAGUUCCUUGUGGACAACAAUGGAGACACAGAGGAAACAGUGCAGUGUGCCAACUGUGACCAGGAAAAUACCAAAAAGGACAAGGCGGUGAUGUACUAUUGUAAUACCUGUAAUCAGCCACUGUGUGGCGCCUGCAGAGAGCUGACACACAAAGCCAGAAUGUUUUCUCAUCAUGAGAUUGUGUCUGUGGCCAAACGCAACAAAGCCAAACACAGAAAGUGCUCUCUCCACGAGGAGCCGUACAUUCUCUUCUCCACAGAGAAUAAGUCGAUGCUUUGCAUCAAGUGCUUCAGAGACAUGCAAGUAGAGAGUCGGACACACUGCAUGGACAUCGAAACUGCUUACAUACAAGGGUGUGAGAUGUUGGACCAGGCAGUACUGGUGGUGAAGGAGCUGCAGACUUCAGCGCGUGAGGCAAUCGUUCUGCUGAGAGCCAUGAUAGGAGAAGUGUGUCUGAAUGUGGAGGAGGAGGAGGCUGCAAUCUGCUUGCUUUUUAAUAGUUUGCAGGAAAACUUGCUGGAAAGAAAGAAGAUUCUGCUGAAAGCAGCUCAGAGUCAACACGAGGAGAAGGAAAAAGCGCUGAAGGACCAGCUGUCCCACCUGACUGCCCUCCUGCCCACCCUCCAGGUCCACCUUGUCACCUGUUCGGCCUUCCUCAGCUCUGCCAACAAGUUUGAGUUUUUGGACAUGGGCUAUCAGCUCAUGGAGAGGCUGAAGAGGAUUGUAAAGCUCCCUCAUCGACUCAAACCGGUGCAGAGCAGCAAAAUCAACACGGACUACAGAAGUGUUGCUCGUUGCCUUGAACCUUUAUGUUUGUCGGACCAGCGCUGCCCUCCCCUUACUGGGUGCACAAGUGUGGCAACAAGGCUUCAGUCCCCUCUGUCCGGGUCUUGCCGUUCCCCGUCCCUGAGCGACAUGCCCCUGGGCUCGGUGCUGGGCCGGAGACCCACUUCUCAGCGUAACAUCUGUACCAAGGUACUGCUGGCUGAGGGCAGGGAAACACCCUUCACUGAGCACUGCCGCAACUAUGAGAACAACUACAGGACUCUCCAAACAGAGAUUCAGAAUCUUAAGGAUCAGGUGCAGGAGCUGCACCGAGACCUGACUAAGCACCACUCCAUCAUCAACACAGAUAAAAUGGGUGAGAUCCUGGACAGAUCGCUGCACAUCGACACUCAGAUAGCUGCACAGUCCUCCACUGUGGAAACUGCAAGAGUGAUGUUUGAAGAGAUCUGGGAUGAGACUUUUCAGAGGGUCACUAAUGAGCAGGAGAUCUAUGAAGCCCAGCUUCAGGACCUGCAGCAGCUGAAACAGGAGAAUUCGUACCUGACCACGAUCGCCCGACAGAUCAGACCAUACAUUAUGUCCAUCGCUAAGGUGAAACAGCGGCUCGAGCCCAGAUUCCAAGAGCCAAAAGAACAUCACGAUGAUCGCACAGAGACAAUGCUGAAAAUAUAUGAAGACGCAAAACUAACUAAAGAAAAUCAAGACAGUGACAAACAGAUAUCUACUGAACACCAGGACACACAGAAGAGCAGCCACUCACUGAUCCUGGAGUCGGGGGACAAGUCUGUCAAGACCAAUGAUCAUCAGCGCUCAGGCAGGCAGAAAGACACCACGGAGACCUCCGGUCACAAUGAGAUGCCUUCAUAAACACUGUCACUUCCUGUCUGCCCCCUGUCGCCUGCCUAUCCUGAACAGAAUGUGCUGUAAUAAGCCCUGGAUGGCAUGCGGCGUACUUAGAUACUGAAAGCAUUUUCUCAGCAGUGGGCAUCUGUCAACAGCUCUGAGGUGAACCCUUAGGCUGACUAUGGGGGUGCAAAGCAUGGACAUACAUGCCAACCUGGAAAUUCCAAGCCAUCACAGCGCCCUUCAGUAACAGGAAGGACACCUGUCAUUUAGAAUGAUCCUGGUAACAAUCAGGAACUGUGAACUGCAUCAAUGAGAGAGCCGGUGUGUUAAUAUCCACCUGUUUGUUUUGUUUUUGCUGCUAAAAUGACACGUAUGAUGAGUUUGAAUUGUUGGUUUGACAUUGCUUGAAUUACCUGUGACAGUAUUUUGCCUUUGCAUAAACUUUUUUUUUUUGGUAAAUUUUGGUGGUUAGUUGAGAUGGUUUUGGAAUAUGCAAAUAAAAAUAAAUGCAGUGAUUUUUACAUUUUCUUUUACUUUUUCUUUCAUUGCAGAUUGUAUGAACCCAAGAUUUGUCAUGUUUUUUUCUGGUCAUUUCAAAUGUUAAUAUACAUCCAUUCCUGCAUUUAAGGCC